GUUAUCUCCGAGUUGGGCAAAAGAAAAACAGAAUCUUUUUUUUUUCUGGGGGGGUUUGGAGGUUCUUCAGAUUGUAAGGAUUUGCAGGAUUGGGGUUUCUGUGAAUUCAUCCGUUCUGAACGCUCAGAUCUUAGAGGUAAAAAAAGAGACGCAGAUGGAGAAGGAAGAGAAGAAUGAGAGGGGGGCGAGUAUGAUGACGACGCCACCGGAAACAGAAUUCUUCUUGCAGUGGGGUAACAGAAAAAGACUCCGAUGUGUGAGAAUCAGAAGCAACACUAGUCCCCCUUACCACCACCACCACCACCUUUCAUCCUCUUCUGCUUCUGACCUCUCUUCUGCCACCACUGCUUCUACUAGAAUUCGCCGCAGAAUCACUUCUUCUAGAUUCCUCUCUGUCUCGUCCCAUGAUGAAAAGCAAUCAUCUUUUACUCAACCGCCCUCUCGCCUCACAAGGAAUUCAGCAGAGCCGGCAGUGACGCUGAGAUCGGAGAGCCACCGGAGGGUGUCGCCGGAGGAGGAUAGGUCCUACACGACGAGAGGAUCAGUGCAAGUGGUGGGGAAUUUGGAGGACAAUUAUGGUGGGAAGGUCAAUCAUCUAGUAGUGGACGGCCAUGGCGGUGCUGGUGCAGCAGGAAUUUCUGGUGGGGAUGGCCAUAACAACAAUAAUAGUAAUAAUGGUCAUAACAACAGCAGCAGCAGAGGAGGAGCAGCGGUAGCUCCGGUAUGGCCAAAGCUUUUUGUUGCUCUGUCGAGCAAAGAAAAAGAAGAAGACUUUAUGGCCAUGAAAGGUUGUAAACUUCCUCAGAGGCCUAAGAAGAGGGCAAAAGUCAUCCAAAGAACUCUACUUUUGGUGAGCCCAGGAGCCUGGUUAACGGACAUGUCCUUGGAGAGGUAUGAGGUCCGGGAGAAGAAGAUUUCUAAGAAGAGGCCAAGAGGAUUGAAGGCCAUGGGCAACGUUGAAAGCGAUUCAGAUUGAUUGAAUGGAGGAGACGAGGAGAUAGAUGAGGAGGAAGGAGACUGUUUCUGCAAUUCAGAAGCUGAGCUUCCUUGAUUAACCCGAAAAUUUUUUGGUUCUUUUGUUGUUUGUCGGCCGGCGGUGUGGAUUGGCCUUUGGUCGGGUGAGAGCCCUGACCUGGACUCUGCGGAAGCGGGUAUGCUAUGAUGUAAGCAGCGGCAGCAGCCAGCUAGAUAGGGAUAGAGAUAGGGUAUUAGAUGGAAGGAUACCGUGUACAUCUGACUCCCUAACCUAGGUUGGAGGAGCAAGUUUUAACAGGUUUGUUUGGAUUGUAAGUUAUUUGAGAAUCAAAUAUUUUUACUGUAGCA